GGCAGGCUUGCCAGCGAGACAGUGCCAACAGGACUUUCCACAGAGCAGGGCCUCCUGAGGUUGGAAGGGCAGGAACAUUGAGUCUUGUCAAAAGGAAAGGAGGUCCUUGGCCAUGGCAUGUAUGGUGAACCCAAAAAAGAACUACGUGGACCUAGACAUAUACCAGAGCUCGUACAUGGUCGACUAUAAGCCCUUCACGAAGCACAAAUACUCCAGAGUCACGCCACAAGAGCAGGCCAAACUUGACGCUCAGCUCCGAAACAAAGAGUUUUACCGGCCAGUGCCCAACCCCAACCCCAGAUUGGAGGAUGGAUACCCUGCCUUCAAAAGACCUUACAUGACUGCGAGAGACUUGGGACUCCCUGGCUUCUUCCCGCCCCAGGCUCCGGUAGCCCCUGUGAAGAACGAGAGCAGGUUCACCAGCACCUGCCAUGCGGCGUACCCAGCUUCCCUGGCUCUGUACAUGGCCCAGUUUGAGCCCCACCGGCUUCAUCAGAGAGCAGACUUCCCGUGCCUCAUGGAGCCUGAGCUGCAGCCUGCUCCAGAUGUGGCCAAAGGCUACCUUCUACUCCCUGGCUGUUCCUGCCCUUCUCAUCAGAGAGUCAAGGUCCCCAUCUUGAACAGGUGGGGCCCCUUGAUGCCGUUUUACCAGUAGAGGUGUGAGAAUGCCUGUUGUUUCAAAGCAUGACGAAGUUCCACACCAACGCUCACAGAGAAGGCACCAAAAAUAAACCUGGGAAGAUGUUCCUUA